GUGUCGCUUCGCUUCUCCUUCCUGGUAUGACGCCGAUGAAGGUUUUUUGUUGUGUAAAAUUUUCUGGAAUGGUUUCUAAAUUAAAUUUGUUUAUUAGCUAUGGAAGUUAGAGUAGAAGCUAAGAAAGAGCUUGCCGAAGGCAACCAAAAAUUUAUAGAGAGCGAUAUAUCGACAUCAUUAGAUCUCCAAGACUUGAAGAAUGAACCAGAAGAAAAUCAAUUAGCUAUGGAAGUUAAAGUUGAAGUUAAGGAAGAGUUUGCUGAAUGUAACCAAAAAUGUAUAGAGAGUCAUAUAUCGACAUCACUAGAUCUUGAAGACUUAAAGGAUGAACCAGAGGAAGAUCAACCAGGUCACCUGCAGAAAAAGAACAGAAUUACAAUUAUGAAAACAUUCACUGAACAGUCAUUUUACAAAGAAGAAUAUGUGGGUAGACAGGCUGAAGAAAAAACAUUAAAAAAUGAAAAUAUCAGAAAAGUUCAGACUGGAAAAAGAUCUUACAAAUGUGAAAUUUGUUUAAAACCAUUUUCUCAUCGACUAAAUUUGGAAAUACAUUCGAGAAUACAUUCUAAAGAAAAGACUUACAAAUGUGAAAUUUGUUUUAAGCAAUUUAACCAGGCUGGUAAUUUGAAAUUACAUUUUCGAAGACACACUGGAAAGAAAGCUUACAAAUGUAAAAUUUGCUUUAAGCAACUUACUAAAACCAGUACUUUGAAAUCACAUUUGAUGACACACACUGGAGAAAAACCUCACCAGUGUAAAAUUUGUUUUAAGCAAUUUACUCAAAGAGGUUCUUUGAAAUUACAUUUGGUGACACACACUGGAGAAAAACCUUACAAGUGUAAUAUUUGUUUCAAGCAGUUUACUCAAGCCAAUAAUUUGAAAUUACAUUUGGUGACACACACUGGAGAAAGACCUUAUAAGUGUGAUAUUUGUUUCAAGCAGUUUACCCGAGCUGAUAAUUUGAAAUCACAUUUGGUGACACACACUGGAGAAAAGCCUUACAAGUGUGAUACUUGUUUCAAGCAAUUUAGUAAUGCAACUAAUUUAAACAGGCAUUUAAGAAGACACGCUAAAGAAAAGCCUUACAAGUGUGAUAUUUGUUCCAAGCAGUUUACCCACGCAAAUUGUUUGAAACGACAUUUGAUGACACACACUGGAGAAAAACCUUACAAGUGUGAUAUUUGUUUCAAGCAGUUUACCCGAGCCGAUAAUUUGAAAUCACAUUUGGUGACACACACUGGAGAAAAACCUUACAAGUGUGAUAUUUGUUUCAAGCAGUUUACUCGAGUCGAUAAGUUGAAAUUACAUUUGGUGAUACACACUGGAGAAAAACCUUACAAGUGUGAUACUUGUUUCGAGCAGUUUAAUCAAGCAGAUAAUUUGAAAUUACAUUUGGUGACACACACUAAAGAAAAGCCUUACAAGUGUAAAAUUUGUUCCAAGCAGUUUACUUUAGCAGGUAAUUUGAAGUCACAUUUGAGAUCACACACAGGAGAAAAACCUUAUCAAUGUGAAAUUUGUUUAAAGUGUUUUAGUCAUGCAUGUACUUUAAAAACACAUUUAAGAACACACACUAAAGAAAAGCCUUACAAGUGUGAUAUUUGUUCCAAGCAGUUUACUGUUUCAGGUAAUUUGAAGUCACAUUUGAGAUCACACACAGGAGAAAAACCUUAUCAAUGUGAAAUUUGUUUAAAGUGUUUUAGUCAGGCAUGUACUUUAAAAACACAUAUAAAUAUACACGGUAAAGAAAAACCUUACAAGUGUGAUAUUUGUUUCAAACAGUUUACUCAAGCCUAUAAUUUGAAAUCACAUUUGGUGACACACACUGGAGAAAAACCUUACAAGUGUGAUACUUGUUUCAAGCAGUUUAAUCAAGCAGAUAAUUUGAAAUUACAUUUGGUGACACACUCUAAAGAAAAGCAUUACAAGUGUGAAAUUUGUUCCAAGCAGUUUACUUUAGCAGGUAAUUUGAAGUCACAUUUGAGAUCACACACAGGAGAAAAACCUUAUCAAUGUGAAAUUUGUUUAAAGUGUUUUAGUCAUGCAUGUACUUUAAAAAUACAUUUAAGAGCACACACUAAAGAAAAGCCUUACAAGUGUGAUAUUUGUUCCAAGCAGUUUACUUUUUCAGGUAAUUUGAAGUCACAUUUGAGAUCACACACAGGAGAAAAACCUUAUCAAUGUGAAAUUUGUUUAAAGUGUUUUAGUCAGGCAUGUACUUUAAAAACACAUAUAAAUAUACACGGUAAAGAAAAACCUUACAAAUGUGAUGUUUGUUUCAAGCAGUUUACUCAAGCAGGUAAUUUAAAAGCACAUUACAGAAUACACACCGAGCGAGAAAAACCUUAGUAGCAGAAGAAAUUGUUUUCUGCAGGUCCUUUGGAGAAUAUUUGAAUAAUGGCAAAGCCUUACAAGUGUGAAAUUUAUUAAUUUCGCUCAGGUUUUGAAAGCACUUUACUAAAAUAUUUAAGGACUCGUUCCUGGCCUUGAAUCUGAGAUAACACUCCUCCAAUUCCCACAUUACUUGCAACUGUAUCUACAGUAGGUGAUCAAAUUAUUAUGAUCACUUCAAAAAACUUUGUAUUUUGCUGUUUAAUAAAGAAUAAAACUGCAUAUAAGCGUCUAAUGAUGUAAAUAUAAUAUAAUAUAUUUAAUAUUUUGUGUGACCUCCUUUAGCUUUGAUCCUCCUUGGCAUGCUUUGAAUGUUUCUCAGGCAGUCUUCUAUUUUAUCGUUUCUGUGCCAGGUGGCAAUGAGACUCUCAAUUAACUGCUGCUUAUUUGUGACAGUUUUGUGGGCAAUCCUCCUCUUCAUAAGCUUCCAUAGAUUUUCGAUCGGAUUGAAGUCUGGGGAAUUACCUCGUCAGUUCAGUUCUUUAAUUUUCUUUUUUUUAGGUACGAUGUUACUGUUUUUGCCUUAUGGCACGGUGUUGAAUCGUGCAUAAAGGUAAAAUCCUCCGAUUCGCCAAACCAGUCUUUGAUUUGUGGCAUGAGCUUUCUUUCCAGAACUUCAAUAUACUGAAGUUGAUUCAUGAUUCCAUUCACAAUGUACAGCCUCCCUGUGCCCUUACUGCUGAUCACAGACCAUACCAUGAUCUUGAGAGGAUGCUUUACUCGCUCCACUAUGCAAUCCUUGUGAUAUUUUUCACCCACUCGCCUUCAGACGAAGGCCGACUUAUCCAUGAGUAUCUCCACUGUAGACUCAUCGGAUAAACAAAUCUGUGAAUAAAAAAAAACUAUAAGUAAUUUUUUUGAGGAUAAAAACAGUGGAUAUAGGGAUUUAAACUUUAGUAGUGACGUAAUUUACCUUAUUCCAAUCCUCAAUUGUCCAAUUUUAAUGUUCUUUGGCCCAUUCCAGUCUCUUUUCAUCAUUGCGAUGAUCAACUUUACUUUUUGGCAGGGCGACAUAAUUUGAAACCUUGCUCAGCAAGCCUUCCGCGGACUUUCAUGUCAGAAACUGGCAUCCCAGCUUCACGAAUAAGUUCCGUGAGGAUUCUUCUUAGCUUCUUUCUAUUGUUUACGAAGAUAUCCCUCAUUUUGCUUUCGUCUCUGGGUGUAAUGACACGCUUUCGAUCACAUUUUUGGUCACGCUGGUAAGUCAGGGGUUUGUUUGUAUCAAUUUUUGUCUUGAUAUUGCUCACUGUUGUUUGCGCUACUUGGCAUUUUUGAGCUAUCUGACGUUGGAAAAGCUUUGGAUUCAAUAAAAGUGUCUGUAUCUCCACCAUUUUAGACACAGGGACGUCUUUAGCCUUACCCAUUAUGAUUUUCUUCUUAAAAAUCGAAAUUUUUUGAAAAUGUCUUUAAAAUUAGAACUGAUAGUUUUUUUUCACUCACAAUCACCACUAAUACAUUAGUAAAACAUACUACAAAAAUAAAACGAUACUAAUCUUUCAAAAACAAUACAAAAACAUACCAAUUCAAGUGUAAACUCCAAGCGCAAAUUCACCACAAUGUGUAUGUUGUCACGUAAUUUGACACAAAUGACAGUUCUAGAGCUGUAAACGUCAAAAAAGUAAGGUUAUUGUGACAAAAUAUAUUGGCAUAGCUUAAUCGUAUAGCAGCAUAUGAUUUUGUUAUAAAAUUUUUGAGCAAAUUUGAAAAACAACUUUUGUGACUGAUCAUAACAAUUUGAUCACCCAUUGUAAGAUAAAUUCUUUUUCUAACAAUGGUUACCCUAAUAUUGGUGCUAUGAUUAUAUGCUUCUUCGAGGUUUCAAAGGCAGUUUGACAGUCUCAAUCCCAGCAGUAACCUCUUGCUUCCUUGAUAAGUCGCAUUAAUGUGAGAAAACUUCUUAAUAAACUUCCGAUAGUAAGUAGAUAGUCCAAGAAAACUUCUCAGUUGAUGUUUGUCAGUCGGUUCUGGCAAUGCCUUUUUCUCUUGUUUGAAUCAACAAAUUAAUUUAAAAUACGUAAUUCUGAAGGUUUUUUAUCAAAUAAAAUGUUUAUAUCUAAGUAUAAAUACAUAACUUUUAAUGGUAAGCGAAAUAAUCGCAUCUUUGGCAUUAAAUUAUUAAUAAAUAUCUCGCCGAAAUUUCUCCGUAUACGUUUUACCUGUGAAUGUUUCUAUCUUUUGAAAUAAAAUAAAACUAAAUUAUAUUAAUAAUUGAAAACAAAUGCUAAAUUAAAUAUUACAGUACCUAUUCAUAUUGUUUAUGAUUAUCAUUGUUAUCUACUUUUUGUUUGUACCAAUGGCCAUAGUUGUCAAGGUACUUUAUGUAAAUAAAUAAAUAAACUUUUUGAUUGCAAUAUUUAUGGUUAUUAUUCUUUUCUUAUUGUAUUUUUAGUAAUUUUGGACGCCAUGUAAAUAUUUAAAUAAAUAUAUAUGUUUCUUGUCU